AUGAACGUCGGCAAGAAAUUUGGCAGAGUUAAGCAAUGGGCUGGAGAGAAAAUGGGUCAAGAAUCCAAGACUGCAGUGUCUGAUGAUUUCAAGUCUUUGGAGUCAGAAAUGCAAUUAAGACAUGAGGGAAUGGAAAAGUUACAAAAGUCUAUGACGAUUUAUAUUAAAUCCCUCUCGAAACGAAACGAAGGAGAUGAUAGAGAAAAGAUUCUACCAGUGGCAUUCAUGGGACAGACAAUGAUACAUCAUGGAGAGGAUUUUGAACCGGAUUCCAAUUUUGGAAAUUGUCUUAUCGCUAUGGGCACAACAAAUGACAGGAUUUCGCGACAACAAGAUACAUAUGUUCAUGAUGCUACUUCGAGUUGGUUGGAAUCUUUGGAGAGAUCUUUAGCUCAAAUGAAGGAAUAUCAGGCUGCCAGAAAGAAGCUCGAACAAAGACGAUUGGCUUAUGAUGCCUCCCUUUCCAAGAUGCAAAAGGCAAAGAGGGAAGAUUUUCGGGUCGAGGAAGAAUUGAGAUCACAAAAGGCGAAAUAUGAAGAAUCCAGCGAGGAUGUUCUUAGACGGAUGCAGGAUAUCAAAGAGGCAGAGGCGGAUAGUGUUCAAGAUUUGGGGGCAUUUUUGGAGGCCGAGCUUGAAUAUUAUGACCGUUGCCGUGACGAACUUUUGAAAUUAAAGAGGGAAUGGCCUGCUGCACGAGGAGCGGCGGCACAGCAGCCACGUCAACCUAGACGCCCCGAAGGACGACCUCGUUCAAACACAGCCCAUUCAUACAGCGAGAGAUAUUCCACAUACGAAGAACCUAUUCCACAGCAAGAGGCUCUGCGCCCAUCUAUCCGGUCCAAUACCCCUCGCGUCAACACAGCUCGAGUUGUCUCAACAUCUGGACUUGGUAGAAGAGAGGAACACUCACCACCAAGUUCCCCACAACGUCCAUCAGUUGGCCGAUCUUCCACAUUCCAAGGUCCAACCACCCAUUACCGCGAAUCUCCACCUUCAAACCGUCUAACUUCAGCUCCUCCUGUAUCGGAAGCUGGUUCUUUGCGUGCAUCUCUUCGUCCAAACGGUCGUACCAAUAUUAUGUCUACGGAUCUUUUUAAUGAUCCAUCUGAUGACUCAACUCUCAAUAGUGCUAGUCCGGAUAGAUCAUAUGGUGCGCGCUCUGUUAGUCCAGCUACUAGUCAUGGUAGUAUUGGAAGUCGAUCGGCUAGUAUAUCGGCAGCAAAUUCUAGAAGAGCUCCACCUCCACCUCCUAGCAGAGCCAAGAAACCAGCUCCUCCUUUACCACUGAAGAGGGCUGACAUUAGUUCUGUUAGCGUUAAUAGCCACUAUUAA